AUGAAUGUUUACUCUCUGUUCUCCAAGCAGUCUGGUUCUUCUAUAGUUUUAUUGGUUGUUUAUGUUGAUGAUAUUGUUCUUACUGGUGAUGACUUGGUUGAAAUAUCUGCAUUGAAAGAUUCCCUUCAUAACCAGUUUAAGAUCAAAGACUUGGGGCAUCUCAACUACUUUCUUGGCAUUGAGGUUACCUCUUUUCCAAUUGGUCUGCUUCUCCAUCAGAGUAAGUUCAUCAGAGAUUUGCUUCAUAAACACAACUGUGCUGAAGUUACUCCUGUUGUAUGUCCCCUUGACUUGAGUGUUAAAUUGCAAGCUACCCAGGGUAAGCCCCUUGCUAAUCCUGAGGCUUAUAGAAGUCUUGUGGGAAAACUUAACUUCCUGACACACACUAGACCAGACUUAUCCUUCGCUGUUCAACACCUGAGUCAAUUUCUACAACUUCCUACUGAUUUGCAUAUGCAAGCUGCUCUCCGUCUCCUCAGAUAUCUCAAAAGGUCAGCUGAUGUUGGUAUCUUCUUCAAUGACUGCUCUGAUCUGUCCUUGGCUGCUUACUGCGACAGUGAUUGGGCUGCCUGCCCUGACCCUAGGAGAUCUGUUUCUGGGUUCUGUGUUUUACUUGGCAACUCUCUCAUUAGUUGGAAGGCCAAAAAGCAACAUGUUGUCUCUCUCUCCUCCGCUAAGGCUGAAUACCGGGCUAUGAGCAAGGUUGUAGCCGAAUUGACCUGGCUGGUGAGACUUUUAUCAGACUUUGGUAUUGCUAUUUCUGCCCCUAUUCCAGUAUUCUGUGAUAACCAGGCUGCCAUUCACAUAGCUAAGAAUCCGGUGUUCCACGAGCGCACAAAGCACAUUGAGAUUGAUUGCCACUUCAUUCGUACAAAACUUGGUCAUGGCCUGGUUGAUCUUCAUCAUGUUCCCACUGGUUCGCAACUGGCAGAUGUCUUCACUAAGCCCCUCAUUGGCCUUGUGCAUUGUCCUCUUCUCUCCAAGUUGGGCGUGUUACCCCUCUCCAACUUGAGAGGGGUGUUGAAGCCCAACACACCGUGGAUCCUACAUAACACUACUCAAGGCCCACUUCAUUAUUUAUCUUGUACCUGGGCCGAGGCCCAUAUAUGUACUAGGUUUAGCUUCAGAUUUGUUUUCUCUCAUUUUGUAUAA